AUGUCGAACGUUCUCCGACCAUACCUUGCAGCGGUCAGAUCAACUCUCACUGCCGCUCUGACAUUGGAGAAUUUCUCCUCGCAGGUUGUAGAACGGCACAACAAACCAGAGGUUGAAUGUGGGACGUCAAAAGAAGUCCUUCUCAACCCCCUCACCAUCUCACGCAAUGAGAACGAACGCGUCCUGAUCGAACCGUCAGUCAAUUCCAUAAGACUGAGCAUCAGGAUCAAGCAAGCCGACGAGAUCGAGCGCAUUCUAUGCAACAAGUUUACGCGAUUCAUGAUGCAACGGGCAGAGAGCUUCAUUGUGCUGCGGCGGAAACCAGUACCAGGUUAUGACAUUUCAUUCCUGAUAACAAACACGCAUACGGAGACCAUGCUUAAGCAUAAAAUCGUUGAUUUCAUCAUACAAUUUAUGGAAGAAGUUGACAAAGAAAUCAGCGAAAUGAAACUUAGCCUGAAUGCAAGGGCUCGGAUCGUUGCUGAAUCGUACCUUACCGCGUUCAAUACAUGA